AUGGCCAACGUGUUCUGCUUUGGACUCGCCGCUAUUGCCGGCGCAUAUGCUCCUCCGGGUGACAAGUCCGUCAACUUAGCGGAACGUCAGACCAUCACGUCCAGCCAGACAGGCACUAACAACGGCUACUACUAUUCCUUCUGGACCAAUGGUGCCGGUGUGACCUGGGCGAAUCAGAACGGUGGUGACUUUACCUGUGGGAAGGGCUGGAAUCCUGGCAGUGACCAUGACAUUAGCUUCUCUGGCAGCUUUAAUCCUUCCGGGAAUGCUUACCUCUCCGUGUAUGGAUGGACUACCAGCCCCCUAGUCGAAUACUACAUCCUCGAGAACUAUGGCAGCUACAAUCCUGGCUCGAGCAUGACGCAUAAGGGCACUGUCACCAGCGACGGAUCCACCUACGACAUCUAUGAGCACCAACAGGUCAACCAGCCUUCGAUCGUCGGCACGGCCACCUUCAACCAGUACUGGUCUAUCCGUCAAAACAAGCGGUCCAGCGGCACGGUCACCACCGCGAAUCACUUCAAGGCCUGGGCUAGCCUAGGAAUGAACCUGGGUACACAUAACUAUCAGAUCGUCUCCACCGAGGGAUAUGAAAGCAGCGGUACCUCGACCAUCACCGUCUCGUCUGGGGGUUCCUCUUCCGGCGGAAGCGGCGGCAGCUCGUCUACUACUUCCUCGGGCAGCUCCCCUACUGGUGGCUCCGGCAGUGUAAGUCUUCUUCCACAUGACUGUGGCUUUAUGCGUAUUCUUACUGUGAUAGUGCUCUGCUUUGUGGGGCCAGUGCGGUGGAAUCGGCUGGUCUGGCCCUACUUGCUGCUCUUCGGGCACUUGCAAGGCCUCCAACUCGUACUACUCCCAGUGCUUGUAGCACUUUCUUGCAGGGUUAUAUCCAAGACAGGAAGGAAAAGUAAAUAA